UUUCGAGAGUUGUGACCAGGCUAUAUGUACUCUACGAUUCUGUUCCUUUUUACAAAAUGAAGCUUAAAGAGCUAGAAGGAUACUUACAGCAAGUUGAUGUUUUUGAAAAGCCAAAAGUGGAUCUGGAACAAUAUCCAACAACGCCGCAUAUAGCGGCUCACAUGUUAUACACGAUCGACUCCACAUUUGGUGACAUUGAAGGAAAACUUGUCGGUGAUUUGGGAUGUGGAUGCGGCGUUUUAAGUAUCGGUUCAUGUAUGCUUGGAAGUGCUAUGACAGUCGGAUUUGAUGUGGACGGCGAUGCUUUAGAAAUCGCUGCUAGAAACUGCGCAGAGUUUGAGAUUCAGACAUGUGAACUUAUACAAGGUGACGUGGAACAGAUUGCAUUGUGUGACAGAUGGAGAAAAACGUUUGACACGAUCAUUAUGAACCCUCCUUUUGGAACUAAGAACAAUAGAGGUAUUGACCUCAAAUUUCUACAGCAGGCCAUCAGUAUGUCUAAUACAGCUGUUUAUUCUCUGCACAAGACAGCCACAAGGGAACACAUCAAGAAAAAGGCUUGUGAAUGGGGAGUGAAGUUGGAAGUGUUGGCUGAACUUCGCUUUGACUUGGCAGCCAGUUACAAGUUUCACCGCAAAAAGACAGUUGAUGUUGAGGUAGACUUCAUAAGAAUAGACUGUUCAAACAGCUGACAGCUGAGGUGAAUGAAGAGUUCGGUUAUUUGAAUUAUCUGCAGUUGUAUUAGGAGCACUGUUUAGCGUUUAUCUAAGAUCAAAAAACAAUUGAAAGUCAGUUGAAAAGAAACGUGAUGUUGUUACCAAGGCUUACUUCGAAUGAGUCAGUUAAAAGAUGAACCUUAA